AUGAGCUCGAGGGAAACCACGAGGCUUCUUCCCGCCACGGACGAGUACUUCAACUACUUCGACCCCUCAUCCGCAGACAGCCUCAGCGCGGCGCUGGACCAGCUCGAGGCGUACAUCCGCUCCGAGGGCCCGUUCGACGGCGUCAUCGGCUUCUCGCAGGGCGCCGCCCUCGCGGCCACCUACCUGAUCCGCACCGCCCAGCGCCAUCCCGCCUCCGCGCUGCCCUUCCGUCUCGCCAUCUUCUUCUCCGGCGGCCGGCCCCUAGAUCCCCGGUCCCUCGCCGAGGGACGCCUCCUGUUCCUCGACCCAGCGCAGGCAGCCGCCGAUUCUGUUGUCGCCCUGCCCGCCGCCAAUAUCUGGGGUCGCAACGACACGCUGUGGCCCGGUACCAGCGAGGUCCUGUACGCGCUCUGCGAUCCCGCGGGCCGCAGCUCCUUUAUCCACGAAGAGGGUCACGAUAUCCCCGGUGCCAGGGCCAAGGACGCCAUCAUUGGGUCGGUCAAGGCGAUCCGGAGGGCGAUUGAUAGCGCGACGUUGGUUCAUUAA